GAGAGAUGAUGGAAGAGAUGAUGUAUGCUGGGUUUGUGGACAGCAUGGUCAUUGGGCUAGAAACUGUCCAACUGGACAACCCAGCCAACAAUGACUGGAUAAGGGAGAACAGAAUGCGAAGAGCCUGCCCUGCCUUCCUGACCUUCACAAAUGCUGCCUACAUAGUUGGAGUCACCGUGGAGCUGCCCUGCCACUGCAAACCACAGGAGGUCCAAUCAGUUAUCUGGUUCUUCAGGAAACAUCAAGGCAGCUCUGAUGAAACCAGAGCCCUGACAGAUCACCAUGGCAACAAGCUGCUGGACACAAGUCAGGUUCUUCACAGCAGUGGACUGCAGAGUCGAUUCUCCAUCCGGCUGUUUAGUUUGCUGAUAUUCAGAGCGGCACCCACUGACGCUGGCCUGUAUAUCUGCGGCUCUGCCCAUCAGGACUUCUUCUAUGGUUACGACCUGGACCUUCAGGAAGCUCCAACGCUCAGUUUCACUCGCAGGUUUUCUCAAGAGAGUAGAAAGAAGAGAAGAUAUAGAGGCAGUUUCAUCAUCUAUUCGCAACCUUUGUAUCAGGUUUUCAUUAGCUUCCAGUCUUGGUCAGUGUGUGAUCGCUGUGGUGUUCCAGGCGAGCAGGUCCGUGUUGGACUCUGCUACGUUCACUCCCGGUUCCUGCAUGUGCGCUACAGAUUGGCCAAUCAGACAGUAGCUUCCUGUGGCUCAGAAGCAGUACCCACGUCAUUCAGCCUUCUAAAGCAGGGGCCUAAGGUGGAAGUCAAAACCUGCAACGUUACAUGUUCAAAUGAAGCUCCUCCUCCCUCAAAGCUGAUUGCUUUGAUGGCAUUUCUUGGGUACAGUUCUGCCUCUAUGCCAGUGCCAGUUCCUGUGUUCUACCUGAGCCACCCAGCAGAACGUGUUCUCACCCUGGGGUGCCCUGGAGCACGUCUCAACAUGGCUGUGGCCUGGGAUCAAGGAUCUAAACAAAUCUACAGAUCCGAGCAAAUAUCGGGGGGAAACUUCAUCAACUUUUCACCCAGGAUAAAGAUAGAUAAUGGGCACCAUUUGGUGUUUCAUCCAGCAAAAACCCAGGACUCAGGAGUGUACUACUGCUGGCUUCAGGGUCGCCGGGCUGCUGAGAUCCAUCUGCUGGUAUAUCUGCAUCUUGGACAUGACCAGCCAGUGUGGUCCCAACCAGACUUCCCAGCAGCCAUCCAAACUGUGUUCAAAUCUUAUGCUGUGAUGACAGCUCUGUUUUGUCUGCUGUUGAUUUGCAGAGCUGGGAUCAAACAUCUCAGAGAGACAACCGAAACACAUCUGGAUUAAAUUUAGUCAAAUAAA